AUGACAGACUCGGACUCCGAUUCGGGACAAUCACAACAGCUACAGGUAGUACUGUCAAAGCCUUUGAGACUGGCUAUUUCCAAGGUAGGAAUCUCCACUAGCACUAGCACUACCACUAGCACUGCCACGACAACAAAAACUUCAGAUUCUCAUUUGAAAAGUUAUAAGCUCAAAGCGGGAAGAAUGGCAAGGAAGAAGAUUCCCGUAUUUCCGAGGUUUGGUCAAUCUACUACUUCCUUACUAUCACCAUCACCAUCAUCAUCAUCAUCAUCAUCAUCAUCAUCACCAUCUCAACAACCCCUCCAGUUUCCUCCCACUACCCACAACCACCACCGCCCCUCAACCACCCACCUCAUCCCCACUCUCGCCCCCCAUUGGUACAACACCACCGCGCACCUCGGCGACCCCUGCACAUCCUUCAGUCUCGACCACAUUCUCAGCUGCGGCCACAAAAUCCUCACAUUCUCCCCAGAACCCUGCGCAAGAAAUUGCCAUGCACGAACGGUACCUGAUUGGGAGCAACCGCGGGAUGUAGGACAAGGUUUUGCUUGUGUGGCGUGCGUGGUGGAGCAUCUGGGACUGAGGAGGGAGGUGAGAUGGAGGGAGUAUGUGGGGGAGUUGUUGUUGAUGGGGAAAGGAGGCGGUGUGUUGGUGGAGAGGAGGAGAGGGAUGAGGGAUGAAAGAGCGUGGAUUGAAGAGAAGCUGGGAUUUGUUGGUUUGGCGUGGAGAGAUGAGGAUGUGGAGGAGAUGAGGAGACUGUGUGCGAAGGGGAAGGCUUGUAUUGCUCCGUGGAUUGAUCCGGACUAUCAGGAAGUUGUGGACUUGGCGUUGAGGGGGGCGAGAAGGUGA